AUGACUCACCCAGACCAACUCCUAGCCUCGACCAGCCGGCCGGUGGGCGAUGAAAUCCCCUGCUGCCCGUUGCACGAGUUCCUAUUCUCCAAUCCAUUUCGGCAGGAUAGUCCGAUCAUCACCCGGGCACCCUCGCCAGUCACUCGAGCCCACCAUAUACCCCUCAUCCCCCCUCAAAAGCCUAUCUUUAUGGACUCUGAUCCUGAUAGCAUCGAGCAUCCAUUGACUUGGCUGCAGCUACGGCAAAGGUCCGCCGCCGUAGGCUAUCAAUUGAACCAUCAACUCGGUCUCAAUCCCUCUGCUCUAGUCACCUCACAAGCUUCCGACCACCCGCCUGGACGUUCGUCCGGCCUACUAUCACCAGUCGUCCUGCUCUACCUGGCAAAUGGGAUCCCAUUCGUGACCAUACUUCUGGGAGCUCUGGCCGCUGGCUUAACGUUCACGACCGUCAACCCCUCCUACACGUGUCACGAGCUGGUGGAUGUCUUGCGUGCUUCCAAACCAGCGUUGAUCGUCACCUCACCGUUUGGCCUGACAACCAUGCUCGAAGCGUUGUCCUUACUCCAAGAGCCCCAACUCAGAAGGUGGUUGAUGGAGCAUAUCUACAUCGUCGAUUCCCCGACCACGGACCGGCUUCCAAGUUGCUUCUUCAAAGACUCCAAGACUUCCCAAACGAAGGCGCCCAACGGAGAAAUUGCAACGUUUGCGGAUUGGAAAACGCUUCUGCAACCACCGCCUUUGGGCACAGAUUACCAGCCAUUCCAGUUCUCCAAGCCUGCACGCGAAUCCAGGCUCAGGAUUGCCGCCAUCAUCUGGAGCAGUGGAACCAGCGGGAAGAGCAAAGGCGUCCUGCUCAGUCACUACGCGAUGGUCCAUUCGAUCAUUUCCUUUUGGCACCAAAAACUCGACUAUGGACCGGAUGAAAGGACAAUCGGCUUGGUCCCGUUCUGUCAUGUCAUGGGACUCCAGGCUAUUGUCUUGUUCUCCAUAGCCGCAGGCUCGACAGUGUACAUCAUGCAGAAGUUUGAACCUCGGCGAUACUUGGAGGAGAUCACCAAGAACCGGAUUACCUCCUUGCAAAUCGCGCCUCCGAUAGCCGCCUUUUUGGCAAAGUCUCCGCUGUUGGACGACGGGCGUUAUGAUUUGAGGAGUGUGACAAACUCGAUGAGUGGCGGGGCGCCGCUGGCACCGGAUAUUGUCAAGGCAGUGUUCAAGAGAUGCGGCUUUUUGGUGAAAUCAGGUUACGGGUUAUCAGAAGCGGGUCAUGUGGCCAAUCAGCUCGGUGCGACGAUCUCCGACCUGCUGCCCCAAUUGGGGACGGUGGGCGAAGUGAUGUACGGCGUCGAGCUGAAGAUCCUCUCGGUCCGCACCAAGCAGCUGGCUGCAAGAAACGAAGAGGGUGAAAUCGUCAUUCGAUCGCCCAGCUUGAUGAGUGCAUAUCUCGACAAUCCGUUGGAAACGAGCCAGACGCUUGAUCGAGAGGGAUGGCUUUACAGCGGCGAUCUGGGCUUUCUUGAUAGCCACGGAAGACUUUCUAUCACCGGGAGGCUGAAAGAAAUCAUCAUGGUCAAGGGAUAUCAAGUGUCUCCUUCAGACUUGGAGAUGUUGAUUAGCAAGAUCGACGCCGUCGGCGAGGUCGCAGUGACUUCCUUUUACUGCGACGAUCAAGCUACUGAGUUCCCCAGGGCCUACAUCGUCCCGCAAGGUGCCGAGCUGACUGCGCUGUGUGAAAUCGUCGACAAUAGCCAUCGUUCCCCGGCGCUCCAUCCCCGGUACAAUGAUCUCACAAAGCUGGCCCUUCAAAUCAAAGAAUUUGUCGAAUCUCACAUGGUUCAUUAUAAGUGGUUGAGAGGAAACAUCAUUCUGACCUCACACAUCCCGAAGUCGCCCAGUGGAAAGGUUCUCAAACGAAUCUUGAGCACCAUCCAAGGAGUCGAGAUCCCGCUCUAUACGAGCCCAAAGGAGUCUGAUCGUCCCAGCUCGAAACUGUGA